CCUGGCCGCCAUGCUUCAGUCUGGGGCCCUGCGCAACCUCAGCCGCCUGGAGCUGGCCAACAACGGGCUGGUGCUGCUGCCCGCCGGCAUGUUCACAGCCCUGCCCGCCCUGCGACAGCUGGAUCUCAGCAACAACUCCCUGGUGGGCCUGCGAAACAUCUCCUUCCAGGGGCUGGGCCAGCUGCAGAGCCUCAACCUCAGCAACAACUCCCUGAGUGUGCUGAGGAACAGCACCCUGGCCCAGUUCCGGGGCCUGCCUGCCCUCCGGCACAUCGACCUGGGCCGCAACACCUGGGUCUGUGACUGUGCUAUCGAGGACCUGGUGGCUUGGCUCAAGGAGAGCGACCAGGUGGAGGGCAAAGAAACCCUGACCUGCGCCUACCCCGACAAGAUGCUGGGCAAAGCCCUGCUGAAGAUCAGUGUCUCGGACCUGAACUGCUCCGUACCCAUUAACCUCCCUUCCCAGCUACAGACUUCAUACGUCUUCCUAGGGAUAGUCUUAGCUCUCAUCGGGGCCAUUUUCCUUCUGGUUUUGUACUUGAACCGAAAAGGAAUCAAAAAGUGGAUGCACAACAUCAGAGAUGCCUGUAGGGAUCAUAUGGAGGGCUACCACUACAGAUACGAGAUCAACGCAGACCCCAGGUUAACAAACCUCAGCUCCAACUCAGACGUCUGA